ACUAAGUUGAUUGUGCAAGUUCUAUGGAGGAAGUAAAGUCGCGGAAAGUUAAACAAAUGUUUCGAAUAUAAAAAUAUUAGUUUUUUAACAUAUUUAACUAUUGUUAAUGGCUGAAAAUAUGUUUAAAUUGUGUAUUCUAGUCGUGGCACUGACCGCACAAGACUGCUCCUCCCAUGACGACGAGGGACCCUACCGGGGCAAGUUCAUCGGGAAGAUCAACUCCUACCAUCACCAGGUGUCCGGAGAUGUGUACGCAGUGGACGAGUGGACGCUGCUGCUGAUAGACUUCAACUAUGAUGGCACGGGGGAUGACACAUUUUUCUGGGCCGGGGACUCCGGCCGGCCUGGCCCACAGGGGUUCAUCGUGCCUGACCAACACGGAAAAACCAACGUGCUAGAGCGGUACUACAAUGAGGAGGUCCGGCUCACGCUGCCGGAGGGCAAGCGUAUCUCCCGCAUCAAGUGGCUGGCGAUAUACGACAUCAACUCGCAGAACGCCUUCGGGGACGUGUUCGUGCCGGACGAAUUCGAGGCGCCCGCGCCCGUCACGGCCGGCCCGCUGGCGGGGUCCGCCGCCACCAGCCAGCCCAUACAGCUGCUAGACGCCGCCACUAUACUUAUCCCCGAGCUGCGCUACGACGGCAGCGGCGAGGAGGUGUACUUCUGGACCGGGGUGGGGCCGCAGCCCUCCGCGCGCGGCCGCAAGAUACCCGACGAAUACGGAUACUUGGAGUCAAUCCGCGCGUACGCGGGCGAGGACGUGCGGCUGGAGCUGCCCGGCGACCUGACCGUGUUCCAGGUCAACUGGAUCGCCAUAUAUGAUGUCAAGAACAAACAGGCGCUGGGCUGGGCGCUGCUGCCGGAGGCGGCCAACGUGCCGCCGGCGCUGCGGCCGCUGCUGGCGCACGGCGCCGCGCUGCCGCACUGCCGCCAGCUGCACCGCGACCUGCAGCUGGCCUGGGAGGUGUUCGGCAACCAGAUCACCAUACAGCUGGCCGGCAUGAUCGCGGAGGACGAGUACAUGGCGUUCGGCAUCUCGGGGUCGGAGCAGAGGUCGCAGAUGGUCGGCGCCGACGUGGCCGUGGCGUGGUUCGACGCGCGGCUGCAGCGCGGCCUGGCCACCGACUACAACGUCACCGACAGGUCGCCGUGCGUGUCGGUGCUGGGCGCGUGGCGCGGCGUGUGCCGCGACAGCGUGCUGGGCGGCCUGGACGACAACCAAGUGUUCGGCGCCGCCCGCGGGGACGGACUCACCAGCGUCACCUACCGCCGGACGCUCAAGCCGGUGCAGGACAUGGACCGCGAGUGGGCCACGGACCGGCCCGCGGCCGUGGUGUGGGCCGUGGGCCGCCGCGGCGUGGGCGACGAGCCGUCCUACCACCGCCUGUACCACCGGAGGGAUGUGCUGCUGAACCUCACCGCCAACCCGCCCAACAACGACUGCGUGCCUUUCACCCGGGCGGAGCGGCCGGCGCCGGCGGCGUGGGACACGGCGCAGCUGUUCUCGCCGGCGCUGCGCGUGUUCCGGCUGGCGCUGGGCCCCGCCGGCGGGCGGCGCGGGCUGUGGGCGCGGGGCCGGGCGCCGCCCGCCGCCGCCUGGUACGUCAACGGCCAGCUGGCGCCCGACCUGCAGCUGCGGCGCGGCCUGCACUACGUCUUCAAGGUGUCUGGCGGCAACGACCCUCACUCGGCCACGGACUACCACCCGCUGGUCAUCUCCACGCAGCCGCGCUGGGCCGGCGCCGGCCGGCUCGACAGCUCCGUGCUCACUGGCGUGGUGGCGGGCGUGGCGGCGUCGCGACGCGGGCGGCCGGCCGCCGCGGCCGCGGGCCCCGCCUGCAGGGCCGCGCGGCCCGCGGGCGCAGACCCGCGACGCGACGACGACUUCGCCACCUUCCGCGGGUUCAACCGGUCGCUGGUGUGGAGCUGCCCGGCCUCCGAGCCCGCCGAGCUGAAGGUGUCGCCCGACUCCUCCUGGCCGGACCUGGUGUACUACCACUCGUUCACGCACGCCGACAUGGGCGGGCGCAUCUUCAUAGUGGACCGCCACAAGCGCAACGUGGGCCGCGCCGACGGGGCCGCCGCGCUGCUGCCCUCCGCGCUGCUGCUGGCGGCCGCGCUGGCGGCUGCGGCCGGGCCCUGCUAGCGGGGUACAGCCUGGGACAAACCACCUAGCAGCCCAUGCUGGGCGCAGGCCUCGCUUCAACCAGCCGGAGGGGGUAAAAAACAUCCACCACGCUGCUUCAUUGCGAGCCAGACAAUCCGAUCACCUCCACGUCAAUAAACUAAAUAUAAAAUCCUUAAGACAAAUGAAAAUCUUAUAAAAUUACAAAUGUUCGCUAUACACACGUAUGUAGGAGAAAGCCAUCGGACCACGUGGUCAUAGUGGAGAAAAACUAAUUUAAUAAACCUCGAAAAUGAGCCCCGGUGUGGAAAUUCACCAAGGUUUACCUUAGUCGUAAUAUUAGUUUGAGAAAAUUACUGUCGUAAUGUAAACCGGCUAAAAGGAGACGCACGUUCAAAGUAGCGGGCGUGUGGCCGUGCGUCAGUACCGCGCGAGGCACGCGACACUCGUCACGUAAGUCCGCUGCAAACGUUACAUCUCCGACGCACACCCAGACGAUGCCUCCUGAUGACAUUUUAUCCGUCCGAAAAAAGUUUCUCGAGACGAAACAAGUCAAUAUGGCACGAUCCAACUCCGUCCAAAACACUGCCUUUUUUACUAGUUCACUAAGAUAAAUGUGUAUUUCUUAACGCGUAAGACAUGUUUCCAUUAUUUUAUCAUCAAUUCAAUACCCACGAUGUACAUAAGUUUAACUUAUACAAGAGGCCCUAUCUAUCAAAUAUACUCAAACGCUUUACAAUCAUGAUAGCUUUAUCACGAUUACGCUUCAGACUGUUGUGCGACUGCUCAAGCCAGAUCUCUGCAACUAUACUUACAGUAAGAUGUAUUUUUAUAUAAUUGUGUAUAUACAAUUUAUAUUUUUAAAGUAAUAAAAA